AUGGAUCAGCAAAGAGUGCCAUCAUCAAAUGAAGGCAAACCGGCUUGCUUACUGGUUCUCAGCGCCUCAAAAUUGGGGAACGCUUUUGGGUCAUUUGUCGAAACAUUCAAACUACUUCUAGCUGAGUUUGAUGUUCAAAUUGCCACGCCAAAUGCCGGCUCACCAAUAUUCUUUAAGAACUGUGAUUCACAAUCAAGAGCUUUCGUCAACGAAAUGACGGCAAAAGUUUGCCUCAAUCUCCACAAUCUAAACCAUAUUGACCCUGAAAAGUACUCCACCUUGGUAAUACCACAUUCACCCGGGGCAGUGCUCGACUUGGCCGAAGACCCUACCAUGGCACGAAUAGUGCUGCACUUUUUUCAUAAUCAAAAACUAAUUUGUGCCAUAGGCAUGGGUGUCGUUUCGCUGUUUCCCGCAUUUGAAAAGGCCAAAGUAUGGUGUUUUCGGCGAUUCAAAAUGACCGCGAGUACCGUUUUCGAGCUGACUCGCCAUCCUGACUUUGACAAGCUCAACUUUUUACCCGAAGAUGUGAUAAAAGAACGUGGAGAACUCAUGACACAUUAA